CGCUGUAUUUGUAUUUUUCAUGUCGUUUUCUGGGGUUGCUUUCGUUUCUAGUUUCUCUCUCUUCUUUUCUCUCUCUAAAACUGAAGUCACUUUCUCAGUCUAUAGAGAGUUUGAUUAGAGUGGGUAAAUUCUAGACCCUUUAAUCUUCCUCUUAUCCACCCCUUUUCACUAAUUCUGGAGCAACACUAUUCAGUUCAUCAUCAUUUGUUGUUGAAAAUGCCUGAAAUUCAACUUGGUGCUCACACUUUGAGGUCCCAUGGUGUGCAAGUGGCUAAAAUACAUAUGCAUGAUUGGCUCAUUCUCUUCCUUCUAGUGGUGAUUGAUAUUGUGCUGAAUGUUAUUGAGCCUUUUCAUCGAUUUGUGGGGAAAGGCAUGAUGGAAGAUCUUAGGUAUCCUCUGAAAGGCAAUACCGUUCCUUUUUGGGCUGUCCCGAUUGUUGCAAUCUUGUUACCCUUCUGUAUCAUUCUUAUCUACUAUUUCAUUCGGAAGGAUGUCUAUGAUUUCCAUCAAGCAACUCUUGGACUCCUGUUUUCUGUGCUUAUAACUUCUGUUAUAACUGAUGCAAUUAAAGACGGAGUUGGUAGACCUCGUCCUGAUUUCUUUUGGCGUUGUUUUCCUGAUGGAAAAGAUGUGUAUCAUAAUGUCACAGGAGAUGUUAUGUGCACUGGUUUUAAGAGUGUUAUCAAAGAAGGCCAUAAAAGCUUUCCAAGUGGGCAUACUUCAUGGUCAUUUGCAGGUCUCACUUUUCUAGCGUGGUACAUGUCAGGGAAAAUUAGGUGCUUUGAUAGAAGAGGCCAUGUUGCAAAACUUUGUAUUAUCUUUGCACCGAUACUUUUGGCUGCAAUGGUGGGAGUUUCGCGUGUUGAUGAUUACUGGCAUCACUGGCAAGAUGUCUUUGCAGGGGGUCUGAUAGGUUUUGUGAUUGCUUCAUUCUGUUACUUACAGUUCUUUCCACCACCUUAUGCUGAAGAUGGUUGGGGACCCCAUUCAUAUUUCCACAUGCUAGAGGAGUCGAGAAAUGGUGUUCAGCCUCCAAGUAACAAUAUGGAUGCUCUAGCCAUUCGUCCUACCGAGCUGGAAAGCGUACAAGUUGAAUCCCAACAUGGUUCAAAUAUGCCUUAUUAUCGGCGAGAUUCAAGGCCUAUACGAGAUGACAGGGAAAGUGGGAUGUAAAUAGUGUAUAAAUCAAUGAAGUUUGUACCUUGUUGGAGUAGUGAAAACUUUUCUUGGCUGUAUUUAGGUUCAUUUAGGCUAACAUAGAUUCUCCACUUCUGUUGUAGACACAAAACUAAGUCUUAAUUGAAGAGUAGUUUCAUAUCGUUUGGUGUAUAUCUCAUAUUGUUUGCUGGGAGUUUAAGACUGUUAUUGGCCAAUAUGUGCAUGGGUCGGCUCAACAUUUGAGACCUUUUUAUACGCAGUUAUAAAUCACGGGGAUGGUAAUCAAUUCGAGUGAAAGUUUAUGAAGAACAUUUUAUGUUA